AUGUCGAAAACGCCGUUUUUCAUGCACCACCACCUUGCCACUGUUGUUGCAAUUACAAUCGAUAAAUGUAUUUUUAGAAACAACAUUAAAAGAGAGACGCUAUUUAUCUUCUUCAAUUCAACGAAAACAUUGAAUUCGUUAAAGUUUUUUUACUUCGUCAUAAAGAUCAAAAUACGUGUUAUUGGAUUAAAACCAAAUGAUGCCAAGUUGACUCGUAUUCAUAUAUUGAUAGAUGUUCAAAUCACUGAUUUGGGGUUGGCUAAGAAGGUUGGAGAUGCGUCGUUCAUGUGUUCCCAUGGCGGGAGUGCUGGGUGGCAAGCCCCCGAAGCCAUUCGAGGGGAGCGUCUCAUUUCCAAAGUUGAUAUCUUCAAUUUGGGGUGUUUGUUCUACUUCAUUGCGUUAAAGAGAUAUACUUUUGAGGUGUUAAUAGAUCGUCUGAAGAAUGUGACGCAAUACAAAAUCGAAACCAUACCCAGAUGA